UGGACGUGUCAACUCGUUUCAGACCCAUCGCCAUUCAUCCUCUCUCAUUCCCAAUUCUCUCUCUCUCUCUCUCUCUCUCUCUCCGAACUUCCCAUAUGCACCUUUCUGCAACCCCUCCCCUACAAUGUCCCUCACCUUCUUCCUCCUAUGGCUCUUCACCGUGCCCUUCACUUCCCAUGCCUUCUCUGCCCCACCCAGAGGUUUCCUCCUAAGCUGUGGCUCAUCAACCAAGCUAACACUAGGCCGCCUCGACUACAUCCCCGACGAAGGUUUCAUCUCCGUCGGCAACAAAUCAGCCCUAAAACAACCCAAUCUCCUUCCCAUUCUCUCCACAUUGCGCUACUUCCCCGACGCUUCUGCUCGAAAAUUCUGCUACAAACUCCCGGCGAUUAAGGGCGAGAAGUUUCUCGUGAAGACGAUCUACUACUACGGAGGAUUCGACGGAGGGGAUUCACCGCCGGUAUUCGAUCAGAUAAUCGACGGCACGAAAUGGAGCACGGUGAACACGACGGAGGAUUUUCGGAAUGGGCUUAGCUCGUUUUAUGAGAUUGUUGUGACUGCUCAUGCGAAGACUUUGAGUGUGUGUUUGGCCAGGAAUGAGAAGACGAAGUCGAGUCCGUUCGUUUCGGCGAUUGAAUUGCAUCAUUUGGAAGGGUCUCUGUAUAAUUCGACUGAUUUUGGGAAGAAUGCUCUCAUUACUGUUGCCAGAAAUAGCUUUGGAUAUCAUGGGGAUACCAUUAGUUUUCCAGAUGACCAAUUCAACCGGUUCUGGCAACCAUUCAAUGAUGACAAUCCUGCUGUAGAAAGCCACUCUAACAUCACCACUUCAGGGUUUUGGAACAUGCCACCAGCAAAGGCAUUUGCAAGCGCAAUCACAACAAGCCGAGGGAAGAAACUCACUGUCCGAUGGCCACCAUAUUCGCUCCCAAAAGGCAACUAUUACAUUGCACUUUAUUUCCAAGACAACAGGACCCCAAGCCCAUAUAGCUGGAGAGUUUUUAGUGUCUCUGUCAAUGGCAAGGACUUUUAUGCCAAUGUCAAUGUCACUUCAAAUGGUGUGACCAUCUAUGGCACUGAGUGGCCUCUUUCCGGGCAGACUGAGAUUGUCAUGACUCCGGCAAGUGAUGCCCGGGUUGGGCCUGUGAUCAAUGCUGGCGAGAUCUUUCAGAUUUUGCCCCUCGGCAAAAGGACUCUUACUAGAGAUGUGAUGGCUAUAGAAGAUUUAGCAAGAGGCUUUAACAACCCGCCUCCGGAUUGGCAUGGUGAUCCAUGUCUACCUGUGAACAACGCAUGGAAUGGAGUCGCAUGUUCUGAUAAAGGAGAUUUUGCGCGAGUCAUUUCUAUUAAUCUAACAAGUGUCGGGCUCACUGGGGACUUGUCUGAGAGCAUAGACCGUUUAACUGCACUUAAGAAUCUUUGGCUUGGAGGCAAUAAACUCUCAGGUUCAAUCCCAGAAAUGGGCUCUUUGAAGGCCCUAGAGACCUUGCAUUUGGAGGGUAACCAGUUCCAAGGACCGAUUCCCAAGUCAUUAGGCCAACUUCCUCUACUCCGGGAAGUAUUUCUCCAAAACAACAAGCUUGAUGGUAGCAUACCUGGCUCCCUAACGAAGAAAAAUGGCAUAAACAUUCAGGUGUCCCCCAGAAAUCGUCUUUCACAGGCAGCAUAAUGCUUAAGGGAGGAGCAACCGAUUUUUCUAAACCGGUUUUGAGGUGAUUGGGAAGUUUUAGGCUCAAACGAGAUCAUAAGCUUGGAUGAGGGAGAAGACAACCAUAGAGGGUUGGCAGAGAGAUAUACAUAAACCCCAAUUCAACUGUUUGAAUUGGAAUGGUCCGUACUAUUUUUACAUUGUAAAUUAUGCAAUUUUAGCAUCAUAGUGCUGAUCAGUCAACAAUUUUUAAGACACAAAUUUGUGGUAAUGAGUGCUCAAUCUAACUUAUUACCUAAAAUUUACUUUCAGAUCAGUUCUUGACAGUAAUCCAUGAUCUAACCUUGUAUGUUAUGCUAAUCAUGCAACAAGCAUGGGUUUAGCAGACUAUGAUUCAGGUUUCGAUGCGAGUUGCUUAAAAAUUCUUUAGAACAUGCAGGAUCAACAGAGCUUAAC